GCGUCUCCUCUGCGGCGGCGCCCCCCGCUCCGCGUCCUCCCGGGCGGCGGCGGCGGCGGCGACCGGGGAGCCGGAGAGGAGGAGCGGGCCCCGGGGAAGCGGGAGAGACGAGGUGAAGAGGCUGCUGGCCCUGGCGCGGCAGGAGCGCUGGAGACUGACAGCUGCUGUUGGCUUUCUGACAGUUUCCAGUGUCAUCACCAUGUCAGCCCCUUUCUUCCUGGGGAAAGUUAUCGAUGUAAUUUAUACAAAUCCCACUGGAGAUGUCACCGACAGCCUGACCAACCUCUGUGCCUUGCUAAGUGGAAUUUUUGUGUGUGGUGCUGCUGCUAAUGCUAUUCGUGUCUACCUCAUGCAGACUGCAGGACAAAGAAUUGUGAAACGACUGAGAGCAACUAUGUUCUCUUCUAUUCUGAAGCAAGAAGUUGGGUUUUUUGACAAAACCAGCACAGGAGAACUGAUUAACCGCUUGUCUUCAGACACAGCACUGUUGGGCCAUUCCGUGACCGAAAACCUUUCUGAUGGACUAAGAGCAGGAGCUCAGGCAUCAGUUGGGGUUGGAAUGAUGGUUUUUGUUUCUCCAAAACUUGCUGCAUUUGUUCUGAGUGUUGUGCCCCCUCUGGCUAUCAUAGGUUUGAUUUAUGGAAGAUAUCUGCGAAAACUUACUAGAAUGACCCAGGAUUCCCUUGCAGAAGCAACACAGUUAGCUGAAGAACGUAUCGGAAACAUAAGAACUGUUCGAGCUUUUGGGCAGGAGAUGACUGAAAUGGAGAAGUAUACAAGCAAAGUUGAUUACGUGCUGCAAUUAGCUAAAAGAGAGGCAUUAGCUCGGGCAGGCUUCUUUGGUGCAACUGGGCUUUCUGGGAACAUGAUUGUCCUUUUGGUUCUGUACAAAGGAGGAUUACUGAUGGGUAGUGCCCACAUGACUGUUGGUGAACUCUCUUCCUUCUUGAUGUAUGCAUUCUGGGUUGGAGUUAGCAUUGGAGGUUUGAGCUCUUUCUAUUCUGAGCUUAUGAAAGGAUUAGGAGCUGGAGGACGUCUGUGGGAACUUAUUGAAAGAAAGCCAGAGCUUCCAUUUAAUGAUGGAAUUGUAUUAAACAAAGACAUGUUCAAAGGUGCUUUGGAAUUCAAAGAGAUCCACUUUGCAUAUCCAACACGUCCAGAAAUUUCACUUUUCCAAGACUUCAGCCUUUCCAUUCCGGCUGGCUCUGUUAUGGCAUUGGUUGGCCCAAGUGGCUCAGGCAAAUCAACCAUUGUAUCUCUUCUGUUGAGGCUGUAUGAUCCCAUCUCAGGUACUAUCACCGUUGAUGGCGUUGAUAUCCGUCAAUUGAAUCCACUCUGGUUCAGGACUAAAAUUGGAACAGUGAGUCAGGAACCAAUUCUGUUCUCCUGUUCUAUUGCUGAAAAUAUUGCCUAUGGUGCCGAGGACCCUUCUAUGGUAACUGUUGAAGAAAUCCAGAAAGUUGCUGAAAUAGCUAAUGCUGCCAGUUUCAUCAGAGACUUUCCAGAAGGAUUCCACACUUUAGUUGGAGAAAAAGGUGUUCUCCUUUCAGGUGGGCAGAAACAACGAAUUGCAAUUGCUCGAGCGCUGCUCAAGAAUCCUAAAAUUCUUCUUCUAGAUGAAGCAACAAGUGCUUUGGAUGCUGAAAAUGAGUAUCUAGUGCAAGAAGCUCUAGAUCGGCUUAUGGAAGGGAGGACAGUCCUAAUUAUUGCUCAUCGUCUGUCUACCAUUCAGAAUGCUGAUUCUGUUGCAGUUCUUGACCAAGGCAGAAUUAUUGAAUGUGGAAAACAUGAGGAACUUCUUGCAAAUCCAAAUGGACUUUUCAGGAAACUAAUGAAGAAACAAGCUUUUCUUCAGAAUAGUAAAACUUUUGCAUUAAAUGUGUAAAAUCCAGAGAAAAGGAAUUUUUAAAAGAAAAUAUGUGAAAGGAAGUAUAAGGAAUAGAAAUUUACAAACUACAAAGAAUAUAACUUGUUUCUAGUUAUGUAAAGUAAAUGUUAUAUUUUUUCCAAAGUGUACAAAAUAUCAUUUUGAAAUGUAGAUGUGUUUAAACUUUUUAUUCAGAGAUUUUUAAUAAUUAUUGUAACUUUUUAAAUGUCCACACCACUGAAAUUGUUUUCAAAGUGUAUAGAUUCUUCUGCUUUGUGGUAACUUAAUUGAUUCAGUAUGGCAUUUUCUCUAUUUUAACUCACUGUAUAGCAAUGAACUCUAUUCUCAAGCAAGUUCCUAAUUUUAGGGAAAUUAGAAAUCCAGAACCUGGUAACUUCACCACCACCAUCUCUUGCGUACCAGGGACCUUUUGUUUUCUGGGCUUGUCACUGUACUUUGACUUUAAAAGACUGAAGUUCAGAAUUGUGUGACAGAAGUGGCAGGAGAAAAACUCUUCAGUCUCCUUUUUCACAUGCUGCUUUUUUCUCUUCCCUUUCAAAAUAAAACUGGAAGUUGAGGGGUGUAAUC